CUAAUAUCAACAAUGGCGGAUGCCAGGUAAACGCCAACUGCGCGAAAUGUCAAAUUUUGACACAGUUUUCAACAACUCUGACACUUGAUCCCCUGAAAUCUAAAAAGAAAGGUUUUCAUUAUGAAUGCAUAUGAUAACAGCACUUCUGGAAUGUCAGGUAAUGCUUUUGAUCGUUGGGUCCAACGAACGGAUGUGUCAGAUGAUUCGGCUAUCACCAAAAUGCAACAUCAUUUCUGGGUGACGAAGCAGGCCUUGUCAAGAAAACUUGGCAAAAAAGAGGAUGAGUGCAUAGUUGCAUCGGAUGCAGAACUAGAUGCUAAGCUUGAACUGUUCCGUAGUAUUCAAGAGACAUGUUCGUAUUUACAACGUGUAAUCGACAAGUAUCAGGAGAGAUUGUGCAAUUUAGCUCAAGAAGAAAAUGCUAUGGGUCGUUUUCUAAAAGAAGCCGGCAAGCAAGAUCAAACGAGAGCUGGAAAGAUGAUGUCAGCAGUCGGUAAAGCUAUGUCUUAUUCAGGCCAGCAACGAUUAGCUUUAAGAGCUCCUCUAGUUAGGUUGUACCAAGAAGUCGAAACUUUUCGACAGCGAGCGAUUGAGGACACCUUGCAAAAUGUCCAAGCUAUGGAGAAAGCAAGAACUGAGUAUCGUGCAGCCCUGUCCUGGAUGAAGAAUAUAUCGCAGGAACUCGACCCUGAUACAUCGAAACAACUCGAACGAUUCAGGAAGGUUCAAGUCCGUGUGAGACGAGGCAAGGCAUCCUUCGACAACUUGGCUCUAGAUUGCCUGCAGAAAGUGGACUUGCUAGCGGCUGCUCGAUGCAAUAUGUUUAGCCAUGCUCUGGUCCUGUACCAAAAUACUUUGCUGGAUUUCACAAAGAAGUCUACAAGAGCGUUCUCAACAAUAGCGAACAGCUUUAAGGGUUACCAACAUUAUGACUUCAUGGUAGUACGAGAGCUGGUGGAGCCCUCGAGCAAGUUGGCUCAGGAAACAGGUGGAAACGAUAUCCUAGAAGACAAGGAUAAAUUAUUAUUCUUCGACACGGAUUACCACGACGACGUGGAAGAAGCGCAAGAAGUAAAGCCCACUCCGGAAAUUGUGAAAACAAACAGUGUUCAGGAAGGGCAGUUACUAGACAUCGACAACGAUCCUGUGGAAUCCUUGGACAUAGGAAGUUUGGAUUUAAGUUCCCACAUUGCCAAAAAAGAGGAUACUUCAGAAAAGCCAGAAGUCGAUCACAACAAACAGUUGGAUGAAUUUUUCGCGAGUUUAGCAUCGGAGGAACACCCAGCCGCUAACAGCCAGCCUUUGGCGAACAAACCUGACCGAGUCAUUACUCAAGCCAGUUUGUUGCCUGGACUAGACGAAAGCUUAGCCGACUUGGAUUUAGCCAUGGAUUCUUUUGGCAGUGGCAGUUCGGCUUCUGCUGCAGAUUUCCUAGACCCAGUCUCCUUGAAAUCUGCAUCGACGAACAUGGCGCAAAAUCAACCGCAGGAAUCCUUGCAACUGUUGUCAACGGAAAGUAUAGCAUUAUUGGAUGACAUUCUUAACGGAGGGCCAAGUACUAGCUCGGAGUGGGAUGCUGUGACGGAAGAUACGUUUUUACCACCAGGUAUUCUUAAACAAAGCUUGGGAGAGGCGAUGCAAACCAGCACUCGAGGCAACCCUUCUUUGAUGAACAGCGACAAGACGAAAAAAAGUAAAAACGCGAAACAGAAAGGCUGGCUGGACUUGUUCGCCGAGCUCGAUCCAUUGGUCAACAAUCCGCUUGAGAACCUGCAGAACAGCAGCAAUGCUCCUGCUUAAAUAUGCACUUUCCAUUUGAAGGCAGAACUAAGUUGUGCUUAAUUUAAGCUCUAUAAAAUGCUACAGAGAAGAAAUUCGCAAGUUAGUUCUGUUUCGUCGUGUAAUUCGCGCAGUUUCGUGGAGGAAAAUCUUAUUUCUUUUUGGUAUUCUGUGUUGGUUGCUUCGUAUAAAGUCUCAAUGGUCUGAAAUGCGUCCAAACAUAAGGCUACUAUUUCAAAACAGUGAUAUCAAUGAUCAGUACUUACAGGAAAUAGUUAAUCAAAUGCAAAUCUCACCGAGGAGAGGAGAUUCUUGCCAGUCACGUAAAUGUGACAAUUAUUCUAUCAUUUAAGGAUUAAAUAAAUAGUUCUUUAACAAAAGACGAAUUGACAUCGUGUUGACCACGAAUAUACACAAUUACAAUAAUGAGUUAUUUACAAAAUAAAUAUCUAGUCAAAUAAUUGAAUGUACUAUGUGUUAUGUAAUAAGUUUUGUAACAAAGUUAAAAAGUUUGUCGGCGUGAAGUGCGAAGUCUCGCAUUAAUCCGUUACAGUGCAAUAGUUUAUAUUAGUAUACAAUGUUAUAUUAAAUUAAUAAUUAAAUGUACGGAUUUCUAUAUUCUAUUGUUGCAUAAGUAAGCAAUGUCCGUUUGUAGUAUUUUUCUUCUGUUGCGGAUAGAAGAUGUAUGACCUCGUCGAUACUAUAAUGAAAUAGUAGCCUUACGAUCUUAUUUAAUUCUAAAAAAAAAUACAAUUUUAGAUAUUCCAAUCAUGUAGAUUUAUAUAUUAGAGUAUUCGAUAUCGUGAGUCAAAAUUGUAGUCGAGCAUAAUGCAUGCAUGCCGUACAUUGCUUGUUAUCAUUACGAAUGAAUCUGAACAUUCCUUCAAAGGCUUGACCUAUUAUUUAAUGAAUUCGUAAAAACGUCAGUCAGAAGUACUGCAUCAAAAGCAUUAUUUAUUCAAAGAGUGCAAAAACAAAUAUGAAAUUCAAUUUCUGUACAUAUACAGCAAUGGAAACCUGAAUUUCAUGAUCUUCCGAGCAUAUUUUUGACUCACGUCAACUGCAUUUAUUUAUAAAUACCAAAGAGUACUACAGAACCUGAUAAAUUGAAUCUUUGUCACCAAAGAUGAAUGAAAUAUCUUAUCAAUGUUGAUAGGCCUGAGUUGAUCGAUAUUCUUCGAGUCAGUACCUAGAUGAGUGAUCUGAAAAAGUUCCUGGUUUCUGUUUCUUUUCAAGAUUCAAACCUGAAAGGUUCUUUUAUGAGAAAUACCAGUAGUCCAAGAUAUCACCUCGCAUCCCAUUUCUGUAUCUGAAAAGAAAGUGGAAAAAUUAUUCAUUAAAGGACUAAUCACUAAGUACUUACUUUUUAUAUACUCGCGCAAUGACACGCGCGAAUUUUUCUGAAACGCAUGUUCACCUGACCGUAGAACAAUUCUGCUAUCGAGUCUCUUCAGUGCAGCGAUCGAUCGUCUUCGUGAACUUGUGCGCAACAGCGUUGAAAUUUUACGAUAAACAAUAUAAAACGCGUUCGCCCAAAACAGUGUCUUACGUGUAAAAUUUACAAUACAAAGGUUAUAAUAAAAAAGUGUAAACCAGGCGUUGCAAUUGUACGUCAUCCGAUUGUAUUUCACCACCGUUAACAAUCCUUAACGACUUCAUCUCGCUAUCUCCUGCCCUCUCUUCUUUCGGAAUUUCGCUUCUGUUCCUUUUAUUAAAUCUCUAAGGAAAUGAAUUAGGGUAGUCAGAUUCGUUUAACAUCGAAUGGCGUCUGCUUUGUACCAACAUCGGUACUUCCCCCGCUAAACAGAACAGAUUGUGCAUAUCACUGGUUCUUCGAAAGAACAAACCCAGCAACCCUAAAUUCUGAUCCGAUCGUUCCGUCCGUUAAAUCGUUGAAAAAUUGGAGACAAAACACUUUCGAGACUUGUUCACAAUAGUUAUCUAAGCAAGGUAACCACGCAGGUUGAUAUUAGUUGGUGACGAAGCGUAAUUACUGAUGACUUAAGAAAAAUCCCCUCGAUCCCUACGUAAUUCAUAACAUCAGUGAAAGACAAUCCGGCUUCACUUCCCAUACUGCAUUUUCACUUUUUCUGGACUGUAUAAACAGUUUGUAAUUCCACAUUUCAUAUUGAUAAGACAAAUGUAAACAUUAAUACAGCUUAUAGGUUACAUGGGGAAUCGAGGACGAUUUGUUCUGCUCGCUCUCUCGUUUGCACUUUCUAUACUAGAGGGAAAAAAAAAAAAUGCCAAUUUUAGUUCUUUCGUAGAAAUCAAUGUUGAGGGUAAAAGUGCAUUUUUUCCCUCUAAUAUAGAUAGUGCAAGAAAGUCUUAGCAAUUCUAUUAGCUUUCUUCGUUUUGCAUGCUUUACAAGUUCCAAGCCAGCUUGUUCGGCUAAGAUGAAUUAAACAUCCACGUUAUCGCAAUACCAGGAACCAAUUCAUACAAUGCGAAGAGAGCUAACGGACAAUUUCGUAUAUACUUUCUUCUGUCCCUUCCUUUUUAUAAAAAUUUCAAGGAACCCGACUAGAGUCGUCAAAUCUGUAUAGUUGAAAAUAACCGAUCAUCUAUAAAUGGACCUGAAGAUCACGAAAAAGAUAGCCGAAGGUAAACAAUCGUGGCGUUUGAUUUAUUCCUACACACAAAAAUCGGUAAGGUUCGUAAUUACUGUAAUUAUCACAUGGAAUUAUUAACGGGAUUCGUAUAAAGUCUAGGAAAAUGAUUUCAACGGCGAAAAAAAAAAAAA